CGGCGCAAUGGACACACCCAUAGCAAAGACCCGAUUCUUCAACAAUCCUCGGCAGACCGCCACUACCUACUCAACCCGGUCUUUGCUAUACUUACCACCGCCAGCCAUCGUCGGCUUGAACUUGUGCAGUCCAUUCUCUACCUAAGCGAGGUAGGUGCAAGUACAGUACGUAACGUAUGGCGCUUCGCGAUCACAAGUCACAACUAACCUGCCUUAGCCAGGGUAUACUAUGUCGCUUAAAGCAAGUUGGAGGCAACCUAAGUCAGCCAUCAACACCUGCAGAACAUCCGAUGCUGGGAAUGAGGACGGACACGUAUGUAUGAUAAAUGCCGUUUCCAUUUCGGGCUUGACGCAGCAGCGCAUUGCACAGGAGGGUCCCUCGGCUACCUUAAAACUUACGAGCGCUCAAUUGUCGAGACAUGGAGCAGGGUCGCUCGGCCCGCGAAAAGGGGGAAUUGGGGGUGAGGUCCUUGCGGAAGUAAUGGCGCUUUCUUGGCCUGGAGCCGAGCAUGCUGGACUGGGGAGGAGACGGGGAAGUCCUCUCUGUGUCUGGAGUCUGUUGUUGUACUUGGGCUGGCACAACCUGCGGCGUCUGUGGACUGGGGAGAUGCAGCCUCGCUCUCAAUCGCCGCAAUAUUGCAUUAUUGUCCGCCGCUGCUCAAAGCAAGAGCUGGAAGCCUGCGCCGUCAUGCCUAAUCCAGGACCGGUACCCAAUCAGCCUCAGGCCCCAGGGCCUGGUCCUGUGUAACCUGAGAGACAGCAAGUGCAAGGGUCUCAUUGGGAAAUGUCAGCUUCAGGUCACUCGGACCUCCCAACCGCAAACAGAGCAGCAAGUUACCUUGGGAUUAUCAGCCGGGCGCA